UCUCUGUGUCUCUGUCUCUGUCUCUGUGUGUCUGUCCUCAGUUCAUCCACGGCUGGCUCAUCCUGUCCUCCCUCAUGCUUCUCUUCUGGUUCAGCUUCAUGUAUCUCGGCGAGGUGUUUAAGACGUACAACGUGGCGGUGGACUACCCGACGGUGGGGGUGGUGAUCUGGAACUUCGGGGCCGUGGGGAUGAUCUGCAUCCACUGGAAGGGGCCCCUGCAGCUGCAGCAGGCCUACCUGAUCCUCAUCAGCGCCCUCAUGGCCCUCGUCUUCAUCAAGUACCUGCCCGAGUGGUCCGCCUGGGUCAUCCUGGGCGCCAUCUCCGUCUACGGUGAGGCGCCGCCGCCGUCGGCUGGAGGGCUUCGCCUCCGCUGGUUCCUCAUCGGGCUUCAGUCAAAGCUUCAGUUUUUACAGAAAGAAAAAAAAUACAAAAAAUUUUAAAUUUAAAGGAAAAAUAUCAUAAAAAAGGGGAAAA